AUGGAGCUUACCAGUGUGUUAUUGCUAGUGCGAAUAUGUGUGUGCGGGGACGAGGGUACGGGGAAGUCCAGUCUGAUUACGUCUCUUGUCAAGGGGGUCUUUGUAACGAACAAAAUCCAGCCUGUCCUCCCUCAGGUUACCAUCCCCCCAACGAUCGGCACGCCCGAGAGCAUAACCACCACGACCGUCGUCGACACUUCGGCGCUGCCGCAGGAACGAACCAACCUCGCAAAGGAGCUUCGUAAAUCCAACGUCAUACUGCUGGUAUACUCUGACCACUACAGCUAUGAAAGGGUGGCUUUGUUCUGGCUGCCGUACUUUCGGUCCUUGGGGGUGAAUGUGCCAGUCGUGCUCUGCGCCAACAAAUCAGAUUUGUCACUAGACGGUGCCGACCAACAAACGGUGGAGGAUGAAAUGCUGCCGGUGAUGGCGGAGUUCAAAGAGAUCGACUCGUGCAUUCGGAGUAGUGCUCGAGAGCAUCAGAACGUGAACGAGGCGUUUUUUCUGUGCCAAAAGGCCGUCUCGUAUCCAAUCGCACCGUUGUUCGACUCAAAAGAGUCUGUGUUGAAGCCGGCCGCCGUUAAUGCCCUCCAGCGUAUAUUUUAUUUAUGUGAUAAAGACCACGACGGCUAUCUAAGUGAUAGGGAGAUUGAAGCUUUUCAGAUGAAAUGCUUUGCGAAGCCGUUGAAUGAUGAUGAUCUCGCGCAUAUAAAAGAUACAAUUCGACAGGCGCACCCGCCAUCUGUCACUGCAUCAGGUAUAGACUCCCGGGGUUUCUUACAUUUAAACAAGCUUUACGUGGAGAAGGGACGCCAUGAGACAGUCUGGAUCAUACUCAGGGCUUUCCAAUACACAGAUAACUUAUCGCUGCAGGAGAGCUUUUUACACCCUCGACUGGACGUUCCCCCAUUCGCAUCAGCGGAGCUUUCCCCAGAGGGCUACCGAUUCUUCGUCGAUUUGUUUUUGCUCUGCGACAAAGACAAUGAUGGAGGCCUGAAUGACGCAGAGCUUGCUUCCGUCUUUGCGCCAACCCCUGGCCUUCCUAGCUCAUGGGCCGAUGGCUCUUUUCCAUCGUCGACGGUGCGCAACGAAGCCGGCCACGUUACGCUUCAAGGAUGGCUGGCACAAUGGAGUAUGACCACAUUCACAUCGCCAAAGACCACGCUCGAAUACCUUGCGUACUUGGGCUUCGAGUCUACGGACCGUAGUAACCCGCUGACAACAGCCGCGCUGAAAAUCACCACAGCGCGAAAACGCCGCAAGCGGCCAGGGCGAGUCGGCCGCAAUGUCGUCCUGUGCCACGUACUGGGGCCACCAGGGUCUGGCAAGUCUGCGUUACUGGAUGCAUUCCUGUCGCGCGGCUUUAGCCGCACCUACCACCCUACAAUCCAGCCGCGGACAGCGGUCAACACCGUCGAGCUCCCCGGCGGGCGGCAAUGCUACUUGAUCCUCAAUGAGCUUGGGGAGCUAGAGCCAGCCAUACUGGAAAACAAAGCAAAACUCCUCGACCAAUGCGACGUCGUCGCAUACACGUACGAUUCAUCCGAUCCCGACUCCUUUGCUUAUAUCCCCGAUCUCCGGGCCAAAUACCCGCAUCUCGAGGAGCUCCCCAGUGUGUUCAUUGCCCUGAAAGCCGAUCUGGACCGCACGACGCAGCGGGCUGAGCUCCAGCCCGACGAGUACAUCGGCCGGCUGAACAUCUCCAGCCCGCCCUUGCAUGUCAGCGUGACCUGGAAUUCGAUCCAGGAGCUGUUCGUACACAUCGCCGAAGCCGCGAUGGAGCCCAGCACCGCGUUCCCCCGAACAGAAGAGGAUCUGGAAGGAAAAUGGAUGGCAUGGGGGAUCGCGAUCGGGGCCAUUGUAUGUGCCGGGGCUGCGGCUGUGGUUAUCUGGCGCCGCGCGACGGGCAGCGCCGAUUAG